CCCUUCGUAAUCCCCUAGUUAUUAUUUUUUAGAUCCAGGGGAAUUCAGUUCUCAAAAUUUCGGUUUCAGUUUUUGGAUGUACAAGUAAAACAAAAAUAAAGGGUUUGAAAUUCGUUGCAACCUAGCCAAAAUUCUGUGCAAUAUUUUUAGUUAGUUGAAUACCAAAAAACAUUUCUUUUAUGAUGAAUGUCGUCAAGAGUUUGAGACACUGCGUGCGCAUGCUAAGACGCGGUGCCUCCGGGAAGAUGCCACAAAACGGACAGAUUGCCCCCAUGAGCGUGGAACAGCGUCGUAACUACCGCUACGACGAUCGAUUCAAUUGGCCAACUGGUAAUCCGGGGGAUGGGAGAGAUACGAAACUGGGCAACACAUACAGCGAUGAGUUGUUUGAUCCUCGGCAUGAUGAGCGCCACUACAAGAGCUAUCAGCGCAACGAUGCCAACAAUAGAAUGACAAAGGACGUGGAGUCUAGACGACGCGUGCCUCAGCAUUCAUUGGACCACCAGCGUCGUCAGGCGCGCAUCAUACAGGAGAACAAAUGGAGGUGGCAGCGCCGUACGGAGCCCAAAACUGCGCCAGGCUUUCGCGUAUCGUAUGAACAUCCCAUCUAUGGCGCUAGUCCACAGAGACGUCCGGGCCGUCAGGAACAGCAACCGCGUCGCCCAGGACGUGAGCAGCGCUUGAAGGAGAAGCAACGCCAGGAGAAAGAGUUGCGUGAAUCUCGUAAGGAUUAUGACCUGCCCGGCUACAAUCGACCAUUGAGGAGCGAGGCGGGUGAUAGCACCUCAUCGACGGACGAGAAUCAGUUUGCAAGCCAAUCUUGGCUGGCCAAGCGCAAGCAAGAGAAUGAGCAGCAAUAUUGGCACACAUGGCAGACGUGUCCCUCAGAGCGGCAGGACCCCGAGACUGCAGAGGCCGAGGAUAUCGCGGAGGAGAUCUCCCCUGGCUAUGAAAGUACCCAUGAAACUCGUCGGGGUUUUGUGAAGCCUUCGCGACCCUACGACGGCGGCGUGCGUCGCUUCCAGACGCAUUCCCUGCAGUUAAGCGAAGGCAGGAAGCAUUUGAAAACAAAGCGAUCGGCGGUAAGGCGUCGGCCCAGCGGCAUGGAGAAGCAAUAUCUAUUGGCCCGAGACUUCACCACUCGCAUCCACAGAUUGAGCGAUGAGAGCGACAACAGCGUUGAGGAGGUCAACAAGUCUUUCAAGCGACCCACAUCGUUGCUGCAGUCUCAUGUGUUCAGGUCGUCGCCAACAGUCUAUGCGGAUGAGCAGAAGGUGGAGCAGUUGGAAGACAUUGGGCUGCCCAAACAGCCACCGCGCAUGAAACUUGCGUGGCACGGUCUGCCCCUACCCGUCUACAAACGGUUCGAGAGCAUCAAGAAGGCGGUCGCUCGCAAGCAACUGGAUAGUAGCACAAAGAAACGUCUGCAGCCACCGCGAUUCCGUAUGACUGUCAGAUCCAAGGGACUGGCACGCCAGCGAACACCCAUCGAUAGCUUCUCCAAUCAGCUGGCCGUGAAGACGCAGUUCACGCCGUACAGUGAAUACUUGGGGUACGGACGGCUGAGUGUCUGCGAUGCCUGGCACAAUUUCGCCAAUGCCCACAAUCUAAAGCCCAUCUGCUGAACAUCUGGAAGGGGAUCAACAAUGGUGGUAGUUGGCAGUGCAGUGAAGAUUCAAAACCGAGAUCAAACUAAGCAGUUUGUGGGCAUUAUAUAAAAUUUUUUUUAUUUCAUUUUAAAAGGAAGACCUUUAUCUCAUAUACAACAGGGCCUCAAUAAUAUUGGUUAUGCAUCUGUACUUCCAAAUAUAUGCAUGUCCAUAGUUUUUUA